AUGGCGGCCCUCGGAGAAAAGACGUCUCCUCUCGACGAAAAGUCCAGUGCCGGCAAGCUCGCCACCGAGGACGCCAGCUCGCACGAUGGCUCUGACCACGUCGUCCACCACAUCAAGUCCGAGGAAGGCAAGGUCAACAACCCUCUCGCCGGCAUCCCCAAGGAGCAGCUCCUUCGCGAUGUCGAAGCCUUCGCCCAAGAGAAGAACCUCAUGGAUGACAUCGACAUGCUCAAGAAGGGUGCUCUCCUCGCACAGCGACCCGCCGAGUAUCAAGACAUCGACGAGCUGUCCUCGGACGAAAAGGAUGCCGUCGCCCACGAGUACGCGCACAAGUGGUCGCACCCCAUGCUGCUCUACAUGACCAUCUUCACCUGCUCCAUCGGCGCCGCCACCCAGGGUUGGGAUCAGACCGGUUCCAACGGCGCCAACCUCAGCUUCCCCGUCGAGUUCAACAUCCCCGAAGCUGCCGGCGAAGGUGUCUCCGAGGCUCUCGCCCAGCGCAACCAAUGGAUCGUCGGUCUCGUCAACGCCGCGCCUUACAUUGCAAGUGCCUUUUUCGGAUGCUGGCUCUCCGACCCGCUCAACAAUUGGUUCGGUCGUCGUGGUUGCAUUUUCAUCACCGCCAUCAUCCUGGUCAUUACUCCCAUCUGCUCUGGUCUUACGCAGAACUGGUGGGAGCUCUUCAUCGUGCGUUUAAUCUUGGGCAUUGGCAUGGGAGCAAAGGGCAGUACCGUACCGGUCUUCGCAGCGGAGAACAGUCCCCCGCAGAUCCGAGGAGCAUUGGUGAUGGGAUGGCAGCUGUGGACGGCGUUUGGUAUCUUCCUCGGAUUCCUUGCCAAUGUUGCAGUUGCUGACGUCGGCAGGAUUUCUUGGCGUCUUCAGCUGGGCUCAGCCUUCAUUCCCGCCCUGCCGCUCGCCAUCCUCAUCUACUUCUGCCCCGAGUCGCCCCGAUGGCUCAUGAAGAAGAACCGCUACCCUCAGGCCCUCCGCUCGCUCAUCAGGCUGCGUCACAACAAGAUCCAGGCCACCCGCGACCUGUACUACAUCCACGUCCAGCUUAUGGAGGAGCGCAAGAUCAUCCGCGGCGAGACUUACGUCAAGCGAUUCACCGAGCUCUUCACCAUUCCUCGUGUUCGUCGUGCCACUGUCGGUGCUACCGUCGUCAUGCUUGCUCAACAGAUGUGCGGCAUCAACAUCAUUGCCUUUUACUCAAGUACCGUAUUCAAAGAGUCAGGCGUGUCGGAUCGGCAAGCGCUAUACGCCUCGGUCGGCUUCGGCGCCAUCAACUUCCUCUUCGCCUUCCCGGCUCUUAUCACCAUCGACACGUUCGGCCGUCGCAGCCUGCUGCUCUUCACCUUCCCUCAAAUGGCGUGGACCCUGCUCGCCGCCGGUCUUUGCUUCCUCAUUCCCGGCGAGGGUAAUAAGGCUCGUCUCGGCCUCGUGGCGCUCUUCAUCUACAUCUUCGCAGCAUUUUACUCCGUUGGAGAAGGUCCGGUGCCCUUUACGUAUAGCGCCGAGGUGUUCCCGCUUGCUCAGCGAGAGCAGGGCAUGGCGUGGGCUGUAGCGACGUGUCUUUUCUGGGCUGCAGUGCUCAGUAUCACUUUCCCGCGAAUGCUUCGUGCCAUGACGCCAACGGGCGCGUUCGGCUUCUACGCAGGUCUUAACAUCCUCGCUCUCAUCCUCAUCUGGUUCUUCGUCCCCGAAACCGCUCGCUACACACUGGAAGAGCUCGAUGCGGUCUUCAGCGUCCCCCACGCCACGUUUAUCAAGCACCAGAACACCAAGGUCUUCCCUUACUGGCUCAAGACCACCGUGUUCAGGAAGAAGAACGUCGACCGCCCCGCUCCGCUCAUCGAGCUCGACGACAACCUCGUCGGUGCCGGCGAGAAGCGUGUCGAGACCUCGAGGGCUUGA